ACCCGGAAGUAACUUUAAAGAGCGUGGUAUAUACAGACAACAACUUGACGAACCAGUUGCACUGUAGUAUUCUGUAAUUAUCUCUUCGCAACUGUUGUCUACAGCUUUGAUAGCAUUGUCUUAACCGUUUCAACUAUUCCUCCUCGUCGCUACAAGGCACAAGAACGUGGCACAAGACCAAGACAUGGCGCGACGUGUGAAACGGGUUUUCUUCACACUCGCGUUUUUCCUGGGGGUAAGUUUGACUUCGAGCGACGAUAUCAAAGAGACUGAAGCCACUGGAAAGGAAGACGACGGUAGGGUGGAACAAGAAGCUUUAACAUGGCCGCCGAUAGGGGUGACGCUAGAGGACGACCCUUCUCUCUGGCCGGGCCAUUUGAAGCCGAUAGGGGCGAACGUACCAAACAAGGAAGUAAAAGUCCUGAAUGGUUUCCCUCCCCCCGAAGUGUUUCUCCGUGACUACGCCAUCCCGUCCGUCCCUGUCCUGUUUAAGGCAGCCGUGACGGACUCAGUCGCCUUCAAGACGUGGAACUCGGACGAGUAUUUCCGACAGUUUCCGGAAGCGGGCACGCAGAAGCACCUCAUUGAGACGAGGAAGAAGGAGAUCCGUACACAACCGCCCACUGACAUGACCCUGCGACAGUUCCUGGAUAGGUACAGCAAGGAGGACAUCUACAUGGUAGAGGGAGUACCCAAGUUCUUAAGGAAAGAUGUUCCCAUGCCCAAGUCUCUCCUGUGUGAACCACUUACCAGGAUGCUGGUGGACACGGUGAUGUGGUUCAGUAGUGGUGGCACCAAGUCUGUUCUACACAACGAUGACGUGGACAACAUCAACUGUCUGUACGAUGGGAAGAAGGAACUCGUUUUCAUCAGUUACCAAAGAUACAGAAACAAGGUGACCCUUGACCACCCAGAAGGCAGCUACUCCAGUAUGGAUGUUGAUGCGGUUGAUUUUACCAAAUUUCCUGGCAUGAGGGAGGUGGAGUAUCACCGAGUCAACAUGUCUGCCGGGGACUGUCUAUACAUACCCUACCGAUGGUUCCAUCAGGUGAACUCUUACGGCCGUAACAUCGCGGUGAACGUGUGGUGGGAGCACAACCUCAGGCAGUACGUGGAGGCACUGUCCGAAGGCUGCGGGGACCUGGCAGAAGACUCGACCCUCAACGACUUUCAAAUUGAGCCGCCUUCAGAUUCCUCAGAACAAGGACCACUGAUGGAGUUACAUAGUGCUUUAAAUGCCAUCAAAGACAAGGCAGUAACCCUGGAGGAGUUUGAGGCCAUAGUCAAGAAGGACAAAUUGCUCACAGAACUGAUCACUUGGACACCAAAAUGCAGCUAUGCUGUUAAAGAGAUGUUUGAGGCGAUUGACAGGAACAAAGACUCUGUGCUCUCACAAGAGGACUUGGAGGGUCUCACAGAUGAGAUGGAGGAGGAGCUAGAUGAAGUGCUCAUGGAGAAUAUGGAUGACAUAAUGAACAUUAAAAACGACCAAGUAGCACAGCUGAGAGAGGCUGUCGCAGCAGAGGUGGCAAAGGGACAGGCAGAGAGUUAUGUAGAACUGGUGAAGAAGCUGCUUGAUGAAGGAAGAACCACCAUAGGAGACUCUGAUGAGGUGAUAGGAGAACAUGGUCACCAGGAGCUGUGAGAUUAGACACGGGGUGGAGCAGAACGACAAAAUUGAUGCUUUUCUGCAGUCCGCAAUCUUGCUGCUAGGGCCUAGGGAAAAAAUGUUGUUUCCAGUUACCUGACUGAUCCUGGCUUUUUUUUGUCAGCUGCUUGCAAAGGUCAUAAGAGUUACGAUCUGACAAUUUUGUCACAAAAUUCAAGCUUUUCUGUAUGUAGAUCUAUUUUUGAACAUUUGAUGUAAGAAUGUGGAGCAAACACUGUUCUUCUUUGUUCAGUUUUCAAACUUUAUUAAUACACUUGUGCUAAGGCUUGUACAUAUGUAUAUCGGUAUACAUGUAAUUGCAAUAUGAUGUUGCAUUUCAGAUUUACAGUACCAAUCUCAGCAUUUGUUGAAUCACUUUGGCCAAGAUCUUAAAAAAAGAAAAAAGAAAAUCCCUACAUACCAACACUAUUUUUUCUGGACUGGAACCACAUUUUCUUUCCUAGGCCUAACUCCUGUUGUAAGCAACAGAAAUUUGAUACAUGGAUGCAACCUUAGUAGGUUGAAUGUUAUUUAUAAAAGACAAAAAGGGUGACAUAACCUUAGACUAAGUGUGUAAUUUGGUAUACACGUAUCAAUGAAUUAGACAAUCAAAUGUAGUUCGAGAAACUGGUGUAUUCCUUCUGAAGUGUAGACUAGAAAUCUUGCCAUGGAGAGAGAUCAUUUGUGCAGGGGCGUUUGUUCAGAUGUAUAUUUUUGUCCUUUACAUUAGCAAAUGACAGUACAAAAGCAAUGUACUCAUUUUUAAUAAGUGAAAGUUUUGAGGAGAAAUAUUCAUGUACACGAUGCAAUACUUACUAUGAAAUAUAAAAACAAAUAUUUCAAUAAAAAUAUUGAAACAACCAAGGGAAACUAAGAAAAAGUGGAUUAUGUCCAAAAUCCAAAUUAAACAUGGACCUGAAA